AUGGACCGACUGGUUUCCCUUACUCGUCGGACUACCCCUCGUCCUCCUGUCUACCCUUAUGAUGUUCAUCCAUCUUCAUCACACAGGAGAAUGUGGCUUCCUGAUCAAGUGGAAGGAUUCUUACCAUGUUGGAUUCGCUCACAAUCAGGAGACGACAAUUCACCAGAUGCAACAGUAGAAGUGCAGAUUUCAACGACGAAUGAACUCAGGACCGUACUGCUAUAUCAACUCAGUCCGAUGAAUCCACCUCAAUUUGAUGGUGUGGAAGAUAUAGCAGAUUUGACGCAUCUGAAUGAAGCUAGUGUGAUAAAUAAUCUGAGGACGAGGUAUCAGUCAACUAACAUCUAUACGUACUCUGGAUUGUUCUUGAUCUCACUCAACCCGUACCAACCUCUACCAAUCUACACUCCCAAACAUAUCGCUCAGUAUCGCACACGGCGGAGGGAAGAAAACGCACCGCAUAUCUUCGCAGUAGCAGAAAGGGCAUGGCAGCAAAUAGGAGAGGAGAGGGAAAGUCAAAGUAUCCUGAUUACUGGAGAAUCAGGUGCGGGUAAGACUGAAAAUACCAAAAAGGUCAUUCAAUAUCUGGCUGCAAUUGCUACUUCUCAAGUACCUUCAAACCCUUCGUCGUCCUUAUCUCGUUCGAAAUCCGUUUCCAUAGCACCUUCAACGGGUCUACCGAGAUCAUCAAGCUUCAAAGGGAAAGAAGCUUCUGAGAUCGAUCUCUCCUCCCUUGCUAUAUCAGAACCUUCUUUGGGAUUAUUGGAACAGCAAAUUCUACAGGCAAAUCCUAUAUUAGAAGCAUUCGGAAACGCUCAGACGAUGAGAAACAACAAUUCGAGUAGAUUCGGUAAAUUCAUUCGAAUAUUUUUUUCGCCCACGGGUGCGAUCGCAGGAGCAAAUAUAGAUUGGUACCUGUUGGAGAAAAGUAGAGUCACUGCUAGAGCUGAGGGGGAAAGGGAUUUUCAUGUGUUUUAUCAGUUGUUAAAAGGAGCAAAAGAAGCGAAGUUAGCGGACCGUUUAUUACUGGAUGGUGGACCUGAGAAGUACGAGUUCUUGAAGAAAACCAGGCUGCAAAUCGACGGUGUGAAUGAUCAUACAGAGUGGAGGCUGUUGAAGGACGCACUGGCGGUGGUAGGAUUCACAGAGCCUGAGCAAUUUGAACUGUUUAGAAUACCUGCUGUAAUCUUGCACAUUGGAAACCUCCUCCUGACAGGAUCAGCAACGGAUCAAGCUUUCCUUCCGCCUGCAAUGCAACCUGUCGCAGAUCGUAUAUGUCAUUUAUUAGGUAUAUCUGUCAAAGAAUUCACCAAAUCCGUAUUGCAGCCAAAAGUACGAGCUGGACGAGAAUGGGUCACCAACGCUAGAACAAAGAAACAAGCGGAAGACGAACUAGCUGCAUUGUGUAAAUUCAUGUAUGAGAAGACGUUUGGUUGGAUGGUGGACAGAAUCAACACAGCAUUGGAUAGACCAAGUGCCAAGUCAUUGUCGAUUGGAGUGUUGGAUAUCGCUGGUUUUGAGAUCUUCGAAGAGAAUAGCUACGAACAGCUUUUGAUCAAUUUCACGAACGAAAAGCUGCAACAGUUCUUCAACUUCCACAUGUUCACUCUGGAGCAAGAAGAAUAUGCUCGAGAGGGUAUUGAAUGGGAUUAUGUCAACUUUGGCUUGGAUCUUCAACCAACCAUCGAACUGAUCGAAUCGUCACAACCCAUCGGUAUACUGUCCCUCCUCGACGAAGAAUGUAUUAUGCCUAGAGCAACAGAUCUCACGUUCACGGAGAAAGUUGAGCAUGGAUGGGAAACACGUAAAGGGUCCAGUCCACGACAUCCUGGUUCAGCCAAAUUCAAGUCAACUCGAUUCGGAGCGGGUUUUGUCAUCAAGCAUUACGCUGGAGAUGUGGAAUAUAGGACCCAGGGAUGGUUAGAGAAAAACAGAGACCCCAUCAACGAAGCGGUAGCAAGAUUAUUAGCGACUUCUGAAAUCCCAGCCAUCGCCUCACUGUUCUCCGAAUACGGUGAAGACCCAGCUGCUGCUGGCGUUGUGAAGAAAGUCAAACGAGGUGCAUUCCGAACUGUGGGUCAACGACACAAGGAACAGCUUGGUCAAUUGAUGCAACAACUAUCAAGUACCCAACCGCAUUUCGUGCGAUGCAUCGUUCCCAACUCCGAUAAACGACCAGGCAAGGUGAACGUCAAUUUAGUAUUGGAUCAACUCCGAUGUAAUGGUGUUUUGGAAGGUAUACGUAUCGCUAGAUUGGGGUAUCCAAAUAGACACUCUUUUGCCGAAUUCAGACAACGGUACGAGGUUCUCACACCUGGUGUCAUCCCCAAAGGGUAUAUGGACGGCCGCAAAGCAGCAGAAAGAAUAGCCGAAGCUUUGGAUCUGGAUAAACAGUUUUACAAGAUCGGAGCUACCAAGAUUUUCUUCAAAGCUGGCGUAUUGGCUGAACUAGAGGAAAGGAGGGAUAAUCUUUUGACUGACUUGUUCAGACGAUUCCAAUCUGCUGCAAGAAUGCAUGUUGCCAGGAGGAGGAUACUGAAACUUAUCAAUCGAGCUCAAGCUGUACGAAUCAUUCAACGGAAUGCAAGAGUAUACCUUCAAUUACGUGAUUGGCCAUGGUGGGGUUUGUAUGUCAAAGUGAGACCUUUACUAGCAGCAACGAGGACAGACGAGGAGUUAGUCCGUAAACAAGCUGAAUUGACCAUGGCGAAAGAACGAGCAGAAAGGGAUGAACAAGAAAAGAAGAAGUUGGAAGAGUUGAAGGCUUCUCUCGUAGCGGAGAAGAUCAGAGUGGAAGGUGACUUGUCAUCUGAAAGGGAAUUGGGUAGAGAAAAAGAUAGGAUGUUGGAGAGAUCAAAAGCACGUGAAGCCGAACUUGAAGAAAAGAUCAAAGAGCUAGAAGGAGAUAUUGAUUUGUUGGAUUCUGAAAGGGACAAAGCAAUCACAAAUGCUGAUUUAGCAAAACAAAAGUUGAAUCAGGUUCAAGCUGAUUUCGAAGCGUUAGUGGAACAAGCUACGAUGUUGGAGAAACAAGGUACAAUAUGGCAAAAACGUGAAGCUGAAUUAUUGAAAGAUUCGAAAGAAAGAUCAACAACUUAUUCUGAACUGGAAAAGGAGAAAUUGGAUCUGCAGAAUAAAGUGGACGAGUUGAAAAGAGAUGUCACACAAAAGGAAGACGCACUUAAAAGGGCUAAAGAUAGAGCCGAAGCUAAUAAUCUGGAAUUAGAAAAGAGGUUACAACUCGAGAAAGGAAAAGCUGAAUCCGGUAACAGCCAGCUUUCGGCACUAAGUGAGGAUCUCAGACGAGCCAAAAUCCAACUUGACGAGCUGCAAUCGACCAUCAAGCGACACGAAUCCACCAUCUCCACCAAACAACGUGAACUGUUCGAUCUCCAAUCUCAACACACCAAAAGCAUCAACGCUCAAGAACUCUCUGAUCAGGCUCAAACGGCAUUAAACGUUAGGAUUGACGGUCUAAAACUUGAAAUCCUUGCAAAGGACAAAGAGAGACAAUCUGAGAUAUCUUCAAGACAAAAACUUGAAAAGGAGUUAGAUGAUCUGCGAGAAGUGAUGGCUGCCAAAUCAUCUGAAGAUUCAAAGAAGCAAGAAGCUGAUAGAUCAAGAGAACAAGAAAUGUCAUGUCUUCGAGAACAAGUGUCACACCUCCAGAAAUCAUUAGAUGAUCAGAGAGACGCCGCUCAACAACUGGCAAAUAAACUUCGAGUGGAUGUCGAAGGGUUGAAAUCUAGUCAUACCUCCGCACAAAGAGAUCUCAAAGCCGCUCAAUCGGCGCUCCGAGAGAAAGAGGAGAAGAUGAUCACCAUGCAGAGCAGGAUCAACGAAGUGGAAGAGAAGCGGAGGAAAGAUGAGAAAGAACUCGAGAUGAUCAGAGAGAAGUUGAGUGGCACUGAGAGCAGGUUACAGAGUACCGCUCAAGCGAGAGAUGAUACCGAAAAACACCUGCACGAGCUACAAGACGAGUAUAACGGUUUGGAAGAUGCUGUUCUUGAAAUCGAAGGUGAAAAAGCCAAUUGGGCGAGAUCACUCGAUAAUGUAACCCGACAACUGCACGAGGAAUCAGCCAAGAGACAUCACUUUGAGCAAGAAGUACACAAUAAUCAAGUGGAAUUAGCUGAACAUCGAAACACGGCACUACAAGCCGAACGGUCUUUAGCAAAAGCUGCAGCGGAUAUCAAAGCACGAGAUAAAGAGAUUGACUUCUUGCGUGGAAGGGAGAAUAAAACGGUAGUUGAACAUUACCACGUAUUGGAGAAGGCAAAGAAAUUUACCGAUCAACAACUCGCUGAACAAAUCAAAGAGAACGAUCGAUUAAAUACUUUGUUGAAGAGUUUGGAAACGCACAGGAAUAGAUUGAAUGCUGAUUUGGAAGAUCUAGCGAGGCAAUAUGAUAAAUUGAAAGCAUCAAAAUCAAAAGAAGCUAGAUCUGCAAGAGCUUCAUUAUCACCUGAAGAUAAAGACAUUUCGCAAUUGCUGGAAGAAGAAAAGAAAACUAGACGAGUAUUAGAGUCAAGAAUCAAUUCGCUAGAAAAAGAUCUACAAGAUCAAAGGAAACAAUCUUCCACACAGUCAAUAUCAUCUUCCUCCAACAGAGCACUGGAGAACAAAUACCGUCAAUCGCAAGAUGAUCUAUCAAGAUUGGAAAUUGAGAAUCGUGCAACACAAGAACAGAAUCAAAGAUUACAAAAUCAGUUACACGAUUUACAAAAGACUUUGACAUCCUCAUCGUCUAGAUCUGUGCAGACCCCUUCCAAUGAAAACCUCCGGCGGGAAGAUCUGCUGAGAGGCUUACAACAAUCUCAUGAUGCGUUAGGAAGAGACAUGUCUGAUCAACUCAGACGAUUGAACGAAGCUACCCCUCUGACUCCGACGAAAAGACAAUCUGUCAUCAAUUCAAACGGUACACCAUCUCAACAAACUCAAGAUCUUAUUUCAGCGAAAAAGAUCAGAGCACUGGAGAUGGAAGUUGAUGCGUUGAAGAGACAAUUAGAAGACGAACAGGAUGAGAAAGAUUUCCUAGUUGAGCAAAUGGACAAGUUACAAGAAGGAGCUGGAUUAGACGGUAAAGGUAUUUUCCCGUAUGAACAAGCUGUUUAUUCACAUUUCAGACUGAAAGCGAAAAGUCUGAGAUCACAACUUGAUCACUGGCUGGCAAUGGAAGACCUCAACAACUCGAAUCCAGGAUCAAAACUCACCCCAAGUGUAUCGGCAAGUGCACCACGUACAGAAGAUGUUGUUCAGUUGAAACAUCUUUUACAACAAUUCGAUCCGGAAACUUCACCACUAAGGCAUUGA